AUUUUGGAAGAGCAUCUUAAAGGGGCCGUGCGCCCCAAACUCUUGAUCACUCCUGCCGGGGAGACCCAAAUAACGGGAUUCGCUAACACUCCCUCCGGCGCGGGGCUGCCUCUCGAAGCUUGUAACUGUAACCUUCAUGCCCGGAGGUGUCGCUUUAACAUGGAGCUCUACAAGCUUUCAGGCCGCAAGAGUGGAGGGGUCUGCCUAAACUGCCGGCACAACACAGCAGGACGCCACUGCCACUACUGUAAAGAGGGCUACUACCGAGAUAUGACCAAGCCGAUCACCCAUAGGAAAGCAUGCAAAGCAUGCGAUUGCCAUCCCGUGGGUGCAGCUGGCAAAACCUGUAAUCAAACCACAGGCCAAUGUCCCUGUAAAGAUGGCGUGACUGGCAUCACGUGCAAUCGAUGUGCCAAAGGCUACCAGCAAAGCCGAUCUCCCAUUGCCCCUUGCAUAAAGAUUCCUGUUGCUCCACCCACCACUGCGGCCAGCAGCACGGAAGAACCAGCAGAUUGUGACUCAUACUGCAAGGCGUCCAAGGGGAAGCUGAAGAUUAACAUGAAGAAGUACUGCAAGAAAGACUAUGCUGUGCAAACCCACAUCCUGAAGGCGGACAAGGCCGGCGACUGGUGGAAGUUCACCGUCAAUGUCAUCUCCGUGUAUAAGCAAGGGAGCAACCGGAUCCGGCGCGGAGACCAGACCCUGUGGAUCCGCUCCAAGGACAUAGCGUGCAAGUGCCCGAAAAUCAAGCCCAUGAAGAAGUACCUGCUGCUGGGCAACGACGCUGCCUCGCCAGACCAGAACGGCAUCGUCGCGGACAAGAGCAGCCUGGUGAUACAGUGGAGGGACACGUGGGCUCGGCGGCUCCGGAAGUUCCAGCAGCGGGAGAAGAAGGGGAAGUGUAAGAAAGCCUAAGGGACGAGGGCAGCAGAGCGCGAGGGCAAGAGACUGUGCAUGCUGCUUUGUGUAGGACUGGAGCAGAUAGGGAGGGUUAGGGGGUUGGGACGGAGCUCACUUUGCAGUUUGUGUGUCGGGGCGGGGGGGUUGGGAUGUAGGGGAAUCACGUCUGCGGGGCUGCCCAGUCUGCACCUCACCAUACAGAACAAAAUCACAGACACGCAAGAGAAACCAUUGCGCCACGAGGCUGAACGGAGGCCGCGCUGCCUCGAUCGCCGCAGGACCGUGCUCGCUCGUUCAGUUACCAGUUCCCCUCGCUUAUUUCGCGCCCCCCCCCUUUGCCUCGAAGAGAUCGCAGACGCCAAACUGCCUUAAAACUGCUAACGCCUGCUAGUUCCAAAGCCUAGAGACAGGAACACUCGACCCUGCGCGAAACUAACCCACCGCAGUGCUGGAAAUUAACUCCCCUCCCCCGGGGCCACGUUUGCCCUGCUUAGAUUGAACAAGACAGUGAUCGUAGGGGAACUCAUUAGAAACUGAUCACUGAGGACGUAUUUGAGGAUCAAUUAACACUGGUUACUUGAAUGGUCUUCAGUAAAAUGUCGUUCUAAUAAUCGAUUGCCUGCUGUGCUGUCUCAGACAGGGCUAGAUUUUCACAGUCAGGCCCGGGGGACGGUGCUUGUUCU